CCUGGCAUUAGCUGGGUGGCAGCUGAAGGACCCCUUGUGUCUGGAAAAAAUCUCGUCAGAGUGAAACCGGUGAAUGUUUGUCUGUCAGCGCCGAUUUAUUUAUUAAAAUCCCCGUUUCAGCUUUCAGCUCGACAACACCACCUCACGUAUAAGUGAACAUUAAGCUGACUGUGAGCGGCGGCUUUCUGUUUCACGUCGAUUUCACUCCCGUUUAUUUACAGCCGUCGACCAAACAAACAGCGACAUUUUAUCCGAAUUCAACUGAAUCAAAUAUGAGCGAAACUCUGGAUCGAGUUGAAGUCUGUGAAAGUCUCUUGACAUGGAUUCAGACGUUUGGUGUGGAGGCUCCAUGUACAGCAGUAGAUGAGCUGACCAGUGGAGUGGCCAUGGCACAGGUUUUACAGAAAAUUGAUGGGAUGUACUUUACUGAUGCUUGGAUCGCUCGUAUUAAAGCUGAUGUUGGGGACAACUGGAGGUUAAAGAUCAGCAAUUUAAAGAAAAUAUUGAAAGGAAUUCUGGAUUACAACCAUGAGGUGUUGGGACAACAGAUGAAUGAUUUCACUCUUCCAGAUGUCAGUCUCAUUGGAGAACACUCGGAUGCAGCAGAAUUGGGUCGAAUGUUGCAGCUCAUCUUGGGCUGUGCUGUUAACUGUGAACAGAAACAGGAAUAUAUCCAGACCAUAAUGAUGAUGGAGGAGUCCGUCCAGCACGUGGUCAUGACAGCCAUCCAGGAGCUGAUGAGUAAAGAGACGCCCGUGUCCGCAGGAAGUGACUCGUACAUUGAUCUGGACAGACAGUUGAAGAAGACUGUGGAGGACCUGAAUGAGGCUUUGUCCACUAAAGAGGAAAUCGCUCAGCGCUGUCAUGAACUCGACAUGCAGGUGGCCGCUCUUCAGGAGGAGAAGAGCAGUCUGCUGGCUGAGAAUCAGGUGUUGAUGGAGCGACUCAACCAGUCGGACUCCAUCGAGGAUCUGAACAGCCCGGCGGGUCGCAGACACCUGCAGCUCCAGACUCAACUAGAGCAGCUGCAGGAAGAGACGUUCAGACUGGAAGCCGCUAAAGACGACUGCCGUAUCCGUUGUGAAGAGCUAGAGAAGGAGUUGGUGGAGGUCAGAGGUCAGAAUGAGGAGUUGACCUCUCUGGCCGAGGAGGCGCAGUCACUCAAAGAUGAAAUCGACGUUCUCAGACACUCGUCUGAUAAAGUGUCGAAGCUUGAGGCUCAGGUGGAGGCGUAUAAGAAGAAGCUGGAGGAUCUUGGAGAUCUGAGACGUCAGGUGAAGCUGUUGGAGGAGAAGAACACCAGUUACAUGCAGAACACCGUUACUCUGGAGGAAGAUCUACGCAAGGCCAAUGCCACACGAGGACAGCUGGAGACCUACAAGAGACAGGUGGUGGAACUUCAGAACAAACUCUCUGAAGAGUCCAAAAAAGCUGAUAAGAUGGAGUUUGAGUAUAAGCGAGUGAAGGAGAAGGUUAACUCUCUUCAGAAGGAAAAAGACAGAAUGAGAACAGAGAGAGACUCUCUAAAGGAGACGAUUGAAGAGCUGAGGUGUGUCAAAGCUCAAGAGUCUCAGCUCACAUCAGGUUUGGUGCCACUUGGAAGUAACGAGCCGUCUGAUUCGCUGGCUGCAGAAAUUGUCACACCAGAGGUUAGGGAACGUCUGAUUCGACUGCAGCAUGAAAAUAAGAUGUUAAAACUGGCUCAGGAGGGAUCAGAUAAUGAACAGAUUGCUCUACUUAGGAGUUUACUGGAGGACGCCAACAGCAGAAAAAAUGAACUUGAGACUGAGAACAGGCUGUUGAAUCAGAGAUUACUGGAGAGACAGUCUGAUGUGGAUGAACUACAGAAGUCUCUUCAGGAGCACGGAUCUAAAUCAGAUGAUUCUGCUUUAAUGAAAAGGAAAUGUCAGGAACAUUUAGAGAAACUGAAGGACGCCAGUAAUGAACUACAGAAGAAAAGUUCUGCCAUUGAAGUCCUGGAGACUAAAAUGUGUUCAAGUGCUCAGAAGAUUGAAGAACUAGACGAAGCAUUAAAGAAAAAGGAUGAAGAUAUGAAACAGAUGGAGGAGAGAUACAAAAAAUACCUGGAAAAAGCCAAGAGUGUGAUUCGGACUCUGGACCCUAAACAGAAUCAAGGUUCUGCUCCUGAAGUUCAAGCCCUGAAGAAUCAGCUGCAGGAGAGAGAGAGAAUGUUGCACUCACUCGAGAAGGAGUAUGACAAAACAAAGUCUCAACGAGAUCAAGAGGAGAAGCUCAUCGUAUCUGCCUGGUACAACAUGGGAAUGGCACUGCAGAAGAAAGCGGCCGAGGAUCGUCUGGCCAGCACGGGCUCGGGUCAGUCUUUCCUGGCCCGGCAGAGACAGGCAACCAGCGCCCGUCGGGCUUAUCAGGGCCACGUGCAGCCCACUGCAGCCAGGUAGAAAGUCCUGCCCUGUCUGUCGUCAUGGCUACCCUCAUCAGAGCGCCGCUGUAGCCAAUCAGGACACCUCUUUCAAAAUCCAAACUCUCACAGUCUUACCUUCCUCCUGGUCGUGAUGUGUUAAAUCAGGAUAGACCCGUCACUCUAUUCCAACUCCACUGUCGCUCUCUGUUAGGAGAUUUUAAGAAGAGAUGCUGCUGAACGUUUACCCUCUUCAUAUAUUAAUAACCAAAAAU